AUGAUGGAUUCAGUUAACCCUUUGCCUGCUGAUGGACUUGAUGUGGUCCACCAAAACGGUGUUGAUGACGAACCUUCUAAUUCUGGAGAGGACGGUGUUGUUUCAAAUGGUUUAGACUCUCAUGUUCCUGAAACUACAGAAACAGUAGCUUUGACUGGAAAUUUUGAAAAUUUCGACCUUUCAGAAAGCACUGCAAUUGGAAAUUCGGCUAUGAAGGAAACUGAAGAAACAAAUGACAGCGCGGAUGGCAAUAGUCUCACUGUUUCAAAGGAAAAGGAAGAGAAGAUAACAGUUCAAGCGGAACAAUCAAAAGCACAGAAGGGUCCUGUCAAGAUUAAGAAUGCAAAGGUUGCUAGUUCCAGUGGUAUUCGUGCUAGUUUGGUGAAAAACAACAAAAUUGGAAAAGACAAACAAGCGUCAUCUGCUGUUUCAAAUGGAACUUCUGCUGUAGACUCCCGCCCUAAACAGCCUAGUAAAAGCAGAUCAUUCAAUGACCGGCAGUCCCAAUUGUCCAAGCACCCUUCAAAGUCUGAUGCAGCAUCUUCUCAAAUUGCAGCGGAGAAGAAAAAUCCAAAAUCAUUGAAAAAGGGAACUCUUGAUAAAGUUCAAGGAGAAGCAGAACCUUCUGUUACCAAUGCAGAAGAUGCCAAACCUCGCAGGGUUGGGACACUUCCAAAUUAUGGAUUCAGUUUCAGGUGCGGUGAACGAGCUGAGAAAAGGAGAGAGUUCCUCAAUAAGGUUGAGGAAAAGAUUCAGGCAAAGGAGGAGGAGAAGAGUACCUUGCAGGCUAAGUCCAAGGAGAGCCAAGAAGCCGAGAUUAAAAAGCUUAGGAAGAGUCUAACUUUUAAAGCAACUCCAAUGCCAACUUUCUAUCAGGAGCCUGCUCCUCCUAAGGUAGAGCUGAAGAAGAUACCAACCACAAGAGCAAAAUCUCCCAAGCUCGGCCGUAAGAAGAAUUCAACAAAUUCAGAGUCUGAUGGAAACGGAAGCACCAGUUCUCGACAAGGUCGAUUAAGUCUGCAGGAGAAAGUGCUACAGAGCAACUCCACUAAAGGAACUACCCUUGUCAAUCAAAAGAAGCCGAUACGAAAGUCCCUUCCUACUCGGCUGGCUUCUGAAAAGACCAAUUCAACCACAGCACCUACAUCCAGGGCAACAAAGAAAGAUAUUACUACCUUAUCCAAAGCUACAAAUGAAGAGAAAAUCGAGAUCGUUGCAGCCAACGAAGAGAAAACCGAGAUCGUUGCAGUCAAUGAAGAGAAAACCGAGAUCAUUGCAGCCAAUGAAGAGAACAUUACUCUUUCCAGCGAGACAAAUGCUGCUCUUCCUCUGAAUGUGGUUCCUUCAGAUAAACCAAGUGAAGAAGAAUUUCAUGUGAAUGGUGACAUAACAGUGGUUGAAGAGAAUCCUCACCUUACCUUGUCACCAGAACCAAUCACAACAGUGCAUUGA